AUUGCAACACUUGUAUCAUCGCUAGAGUGACGUAUGAACGGCCGAAGAAACGAAAACGAAAGAAAAGCCUUUCUGUGCCGUUGUUAUCUUCUAAAAUUACUGAAGAAUGGAGACAAACGGCCAGGCUAAUGGGCUUAAAUCUAAAAAGAAAGAGAACGGCGACGCAAAGGAUAAUUUGUGGUCUUCGAUCUUAGAGGAAGUUCAAAAUCAAGGGAACACAAAACUACCUUCAAAUAAAAAUGUUUUAGUUUUGGGUGAUAAUGAAACAGGCAAAACCACACUUGUAGCAAAAUUACAAGGCGUUGAAGACCCCAAGAAGGGGUCCGCGCUUGAAUAUGCAUAUAUAGAUGUAAGAGAUGAGUACAGAGAUGAUCACACUCGGCUCAGUGUAUGGGUGUUGGAUGGUGACCCAGGGCAUACAAAUCUGCUCAAAUUCGCCCUCAACGAGGAAACAUUCCCACACACGCUGGUCCUCCUCACAGUCGCUAUGACAACCCCGUGGGGUAUACUAGACCAAUUGCAGAGCUGGGCUUCUGUGCUCGGCGACCAUAUAGAUAAAUUGGAUCUCACACCAGAACAAAGACUACAAAGUAAAAAACAACAAGUACAGAAAUGGCAGAGGUAUACGGAGCCGGGGGACGAGUUGGAGCCGACCGCGUCAUCACCGAUGAAGAGGUCAUCGCGGAACCUUUCCGACGACCUUGAGAACGGCGAUGAUGAUGACAACCCGUUGCCAGAGGCCGUGCUCACCACCAACCUCGGCCUUGAUAUAGUUGUCGUUGCUACUAAGACUGACUACAUGAGCACACUAGAGAAGGAGCACGACUACCGCGACGAGCACUUCGACUUCAUGCAGCAGUGGAUCCGGCGGUUCUGCCUGCAGUACGGCGCCGCGCUGUUCUACACCAGCGCCAAGGAGGACAAGAACUGCGACCUGCUCUACAAGUAUCUCACGCACCGGAUAUACGGCCUCCCGUUCAGGACGCCCGCCCUCAUCGUGGAGAAAGACGCGGUACUAAUUCCUGCUGGUUGGGAUAGCAUGAAGAAGAUUAGCAUAUUAUAUGAAAACAUGCAGUCGUGUAAGCCAGACGACUACUACAGAGAUGUUAUUGUACAACCCGCCAUACGGAAAAGCGGUGCGAGCCGCGAGGCGGAAGUGCAGGCGGAGGACGAGCAGGCGUUCCUACAGCGGCAGCUCGCCGCGCUGCAGGCCGGCGCGCCCGCGCCCCGCGCUGACUCGCCGCUACGUGCGCAACGCGCCGCCGCACAGCUGGACGGCGCGAAGAUCGGCAUGGGCCCCGGCACGCCGGGCAACGAGGGCGUGCUGGCGAACUUCUUCAACUCGCUGCUGUACAAGAAGACGGGGUCGCCGAGCGCCCGCGCCGCCGAGCCGUCGCCGGCCGCGGCGGCCGCGCGCUCCGACGCGGCCGCCGAGCUCGACCGCCUCACGCGCGCCAAGCGGCCCGCGCCCGCGCCCGCGCCGCCCGCGCCCCCCGCGCCCACCGCACCCCCCGCACCCCUCGACCUCAACUCCUCCUCCGAGUGCUAGCCGCGAGCGAGCCAGAUACACAAGUGGCAGUCUCCCCGGGCGUGUAGUCGCGCCGGCGUGUGACGGGUUGGCGGCGCGUUGUAUACUAUACAUGGCUGGCUUGUACUUUACGUGGACACGCGACUGUGCACGCACACGCCGCGUUGGUAAGCGUUUAUUUAUUUCAAUCGGCUCGUUCCGUUGCCUGCUUCGAUGUCUCGACGCGAUACGCCUUUGAGAUUCUUCCCGUGUGGCGUCAUGGCCGUAUUACACACGAACAAAGCACGUUUGUUCCCUUUAUGUUACAUUGCAUAAUAAUUAUAAUUUUAUAUAUAUAUGUAGUGUACCUAUAAGAGAAUAAUUUAUCUUGAAGUGCAAUCGAAUCGUGAAAGGACCGAACGUGCUUGACCGCUCUCGUAUAUGACUGACUCGACUCAACGGUUGUAAGUAUAAUUGGUUAACAUCGCUUAUUCUUCAACACGGCAAAUAGCUUUAGUACACAAGCGGUCUUGGUGUUUUUUUUUUUUUUUUCAUAAUGUUUAGUCAGUCAAAUAAGAGAUUAUUCGGCCAAUAGUUACAGUGACGGCAUUAUUUGACACCAAUGCGUUAUACAUCCGCAGUGUGAUUACUAUGUUAUUUAUACAGAAGAAUAGAUUUAUAUU